AUGGUCAGUGAUGCCUGGGUCUUCCCUUGGCUGUUGACUCUUUACCCACCUCACCCCCCAAAUGCACAUACCUACACAUGCGUGAUUUCUUCACACGGGUCAGGAGGCUCACAGCAAGCUGAUACCCACAGAGGAGUCUGGACCACAGGGAGGAAGUUCUGCCCCCUGGAGUACUUUCCCAUUGCUUGGGUGUCCUCACACCAACUCUGUUCUUUCCACCUCCAGCUGACCCAUAAAUGCCCUAACACCCAUGAAGGCAGGCCCUUCUUCAUUUUAAAAGAUUUUCAUAACAUACUACUACUCCCAGAUUUGCAGGUUACUUUUCACCAGUUAAUUCACACCCAGCUGCAUCCAGAUACCUCAAGGGGAGAGGUUCCUUAA